GAAUCGCAAUGCAUAGUUUUUUUUGUGUGCAAGGGUGAAUCGGUGACAAAUAGCAAGUAACACAAAACCAGUAGUUAUAGUAGAAUUAGAAGCAAUCAAAAUGACAGAAACACCGACAGUUAGUCCUGUGAAGACCUUCUUGGCUGGUGGAUUUGGUGGCGUGUGCCUUGUUGGCGCUGGACAACCCUUAGACACAAUAAAAGUUCGUUUACAGACAAUGCCGGUGCCACCGGCUGGUCAAGCACCUAGGUUUACUGGAACACUUGACUGUGCUCUACAGACAAUUCGAAAUGAGGGCUUCUUUGGGCUUUACAAAGGAAUGGCAGCUCCGAUUGUAGGUGUCACUCCGAUGUACGCUGUCUGUUUCCUGGGUUUCGGCAUAGGAAAGAAGCUGCAGAUGAAGCAUCCAGAUGACGAACUAACGUACCCACAGCUGUUCGCAGCGGGAAUGCUUGCUGGCGUGUUCACCACUGCAAUAAUGGCGCCGGGCGAGCGAAUCAAGUGUUUGCUACAGAUCCAGCAGUCGGAGAAGGUGAAGAAAUACGCCGGUCCCAUUGAUGUGACCAAGCAGCUGUGGAAGGAGGGAGGAAUCAGAAGCCUGUACAGAGGAACUGCUGCCACUCUGCUGAGAGACGUUCCCGCGACGGGCACGUACUUCGUGACGUAUGAGUGGUUCCAGCACACGCUGACGCCGGAUGGACAGAGCCGCGCCGGUCUAUCUCCGCUGCGCAUCCUAUUCGCCGGCGGCAUGGCGGGCGUCUUCAACUGGGUGGUGGCGAUCGCUCCGGACGUACUCAAGUCCCGGCUGCAGACAGCUCCGCCCGGUAAAUACCCGAACGGGAUUCGGAGUGUCUUUGCGGAGAUGAUGCGUACGGAGGGGCCGCGGGGUCUCUUCAAGGGCCUGGGACCCGUCAUGCUGCGUGCGUUCCCCGCCAACGCCGCCUGCUUUCUCGGCUACGAGGUCGCCAUCAAGCUCCUCAACUACGUCGCGCCAAACUUGUAACGCACAGCGCCAUCUAGAGGAUCGCGAGAGAAACGCAGCGAUUAAUUUCGUGUUCUAAACGACGUUUCGGUGGAUCGCCGCGGUGUGCUGAUGGGCCAAUGCCGGGGAUCUUAAUUUAAUUUUGUAACGAAGAAGACAUUUUUUAUGUAAAUUAGUUGUUUGCGGUUCUGCCGGUGAGUAUGUGUGCGUGUGCACGCGUGCGUUUAAGAUAAAUGCAGUUAAAUUCGUCCAUUGCUAUUAUUAUUGUUACAAAUGAGGCAUUUAAUUACUGUGAGGGGUGUGAUGUGUCGGAAGAGAUCUAUAGAGUGCUAUGCUAUCAACGAGGAUGGCAUUACUGGGGCAGGAAAACUUGUUUGUACGUUUUGUGCAUAGAAUAAAAACACUGUGAUUUUCAGACAAA